UCACUUUCUCACUCACUCUCUCUGUCUGUCUCUCCCCCUCCCCCUCCUCUCCCUCUCUCUGUCUCUCCUUUUGAAAGAGCUGGCUUCAGCAGUCUGCCUGAAACAAGCGACGCAUACCCACACCAUUGGCUGCUACUGCCCCAUCCACGCUAAUCACAGGGUCUGUGUGUGUGUGUGUUUGCAUCUGAUGUGUGUGUGUUCCUGGCUGCAGCACAGCAGUGAGGAUAUGUAGCUUCCUGUGUGCUGCUAGGCAGCCCAAGCUCAUUCUGCCGCAUGCCGCUUACCGCCACCAUUACGCAGAGGAAUUCCCUGCUGUCUCCGCUACUGCUGCUCACAGAGAGUGCAAGUGUGGGUUAGGGAGAGGAGGAGACAUGCAGCAAAGCAACACUGACAGAUAGAGGACAGAGCUGGAUUUCACAUUGGAUUUUACAUGAAGAUGUGCAGUGUUUGUUUACGAGGAAGUCACUCUGUUUAUGGAAUUUAUUGCUGACCUUUGUGCUCCUGAAUUGCGCACGUAUGUAAGAGGGAACACUGUGUAUUUAUGUGUGUGUGUGUGUGUGUGUGUGUGAAUGAGUGAGAGUGUGUGAGUUAUUGUGUUGGUUUGUGUGAGUGUUUGUUCCUGAUGCGGUCAGAGCGGGCUAGCCGUGUGUGUAUCGUGGUGCUGGAGGAGGUGGAGGAGGAUGAGCCCUCUUCUUCACCCCCACCUCCUCUGCCCAAAUCGUCCCCAGACCGCAGAUCCCAUCAUGCCUCUCGAAGGGCUGCCGCUCAGGAGGACAAGCCGUCUCUGUUAAGAGCCAUCUUCAACGUGGAUCCCGAUGAAGUUCGCUCCCUCAUAUUCAAGAAAGAGGAUGUCAACAUUCAGGACAAUGAGAAGCGGACGCCUCUGCAUGCUGCAGCCUAUCUGGGAGAUGCUGAGAUCAUCGAACUGCUCAUCCUCUCAGGAGCCAGAGUUAAUGCCAAAGAUAACAAGUGGUUGACUCCUCUUCACCGAGCUGUCGCCUCUUGUAGUGAGGAUGCAGUGGCAGUGUUGCUGAAGCACAGUGCAGAUGUUAACGCCCGGGACAAGAACUGGCAGACUCCGCUCCAUGUCGCUGCUAGCAACAAGGCAGUACGCUGUGCCGAGGCUUUGGUCCCGCUGCUUAGCAAUGUCAACGUGUCUGACCGGGCGGGACGCACUGCCCUACACCACGCUGCCUUCAGUGGACAUGUAGAGAUGGUGAAGUUGCUGCUGUCCAGAGGAGCCAACAUUAAUGCAUUUGACAAGAAGGACAGGCGAGCCAUCCACUGGGGGGCCUACAUGGGUCACCUGGAGGUGGUGAAGUUGUUGGUGGCCAGCGGAGCAGAGGUCGACUGUAAGGACAAAAAAGCCUACACCCCACUCCAUGCAGCCGCCUCCAGUGGCAUGAGCAGCACAGUGCACUACCUGCUGAGCCUGGGGGUCCAUGUCAAUGAGGUGAAUGCCUAUGGCAACACUCCACUCCAUUUGGCCUGUUACAAUGGACAGGAUGUGGUGGUCAGUGAGCUCAUCGAUGCAGGGGCCAACGUCAACCAGGUGAACGAGAGGGGUUUUUCUGCUCUCCACUUUGCUUCCUCCUCACGCCAGGGGGCGCUGUGCCAGGAGCUGCUCUUGUCCCAUGGAGCUCACAUCAAUAUGCGGAGUAAGGAUGGCAAGACUCCCCUCCACAUGGCAGCUACCCAUGGAAGGUUCUCCUGCUCUCAGGCCCUCAUUCAAAAUGGAGCUGAGAUUGAUUGUGAGGACAAGAGCAGAAGCACUGCCAUUCACAUCGCUGCCCGCUAUGGCCAUGAGCUCAUCAUCACAGCACUCAUCAAACACGGAGCCAACACCGCCAAGAGAGGCAUUCAUGGGAUGUUCCCUCUGCACCUGGCAGCUCUCAGCGGCUUCUCAGAUUGCUGCAGGAAGCUGCUGUCCUCAGAGUUUGACAUAGACACCCCUGACGACUUUGGAAGGACCUGUCUACAUGCUGCUGCAGCUGGAGGGAACCUGGAGUGUCUGAACCUGUUGUUAAACAUAGGAGCGGACUUUAACAGUAAAGACAACUUUGGAAGGACUCCACUACACUAUGCAUCAGCCAACUGUAACUACCAGUGUGUGUUUGCCUUGGUGGGCUCCGGGGCAAGCAUCAAUGAGCUGGACCAGAGAGGCUGCAGCCCCCUGCACUAUGCUGCUGCAGCUGACACUGAUGGAAAGUGUAUGGAGUACCUGUUGAGGAAUGAUGCUGAUCCAGGAGUGAAAGACAAACAGGGUUACAGUGCAGUACACUAUGCCUCAGCCUACGGACGCACGCUCUGCCUGGAACUGAUGGCAAGUGAGACACCUCUUGAUGUGUUAAUGGAGACAUCAGGAAAAGACAUGGUGAGUGACUCAGAGAGCCAGGCCCCCGUCAGUCCACUCCACCUGGCGGCUUACCAUGGACACUGUGGAGCUUUAGAGGUCCUCUUGUCGUCCCUGCUGGAAGUGGACGUUUGCAGCCCAGAGGGCCGGACCCCCCUGAGCCUGGCCUGUUCCAGGGGUCAUCAGGAGUGUGUCUCCCUGCUGCUGCACCAUGGCUCCUCACCCAUGACCCGUGACUACACACACAAAAAGACAGCCAUACAUGCUGCAGCUAUGAAUGGCCACCCAGAGUGCCUGCGCCUGCUCAUAAGCAACAACGACCAACACAUUAAUGUGGACGCACAAGACACCAACGGACAGACUCCGCUGAUGUUGGCAGUGCUGAAUGGACACACAGAGUGUGUAUUUUCUUUACUCAGUCAAGGAGCCAGUGUAGAGAAUCAGGACCGCUGGGGUAGGACAGCACUACACCGAGGGGCGGUGACAGGCCAGGAGGAGUGUGUGGAGGCCCUCCUCCAGCGUGGGGCCAGUGUGUGUGUCAGAGACAUCCGGGGCCGCUCCCCUCUUCACUUGGCAUCCGCUUGCGGCCGUGUGGGUGUCUUGGGUGCCCUGCUGCAGGCCACCACCACCUCACACACUGACACACACCUCACUGACAACCAGGGCUACACACCACUGCACUGGGCCUGCUACAACGGAUAUGAUGCUUGUGUGGAGGUGUUGUUAGACCAGGAGGUGUUCAAGAAGGUUAAGGGCAACUCUUUCAGUCCACUGCACUGUGCUGUUAUGAACGAUAACGAGGGAGUGGCUGAGAUGUUAAUUGACUCCCUGGGCACAGCUAUAGUCAACACCACUGACUCCAAGGGCAGGACCCCCCUUCAUGCUGCAGCUUUUUCCGACCAUGUGGAGUGUGUUUCCCUUCUACUGAGCCACGGAGCUCAGGUAAACGUAGUUGACACACACGUGCGCAGGACACCGCUGAUGAUGGCAGCUCUCAAUGGACAGACCAAUACCGUGGAGGUGUUGGUGAGCAGUGCUAAAGCAGACUUGACACAACAGGAUACAAACAGGAACACAGCAUUACAUCUGGCUUGCAGCAAGGGUAAUGAGACGAGUGCCUUGUUGAUUCUGGAGAAGAUCAGCGACAGGAACCUCAUCAACUGCACCAAUGCUGCUCUCCAGACGCCCCUGCACGUAGCAGCCAGGAGGGGAUUGACGGUGGUGGUCCAGGAGCUGCUGGGGAAAGGAGCCAGUGUGUUAGCAGUGGAUGAGAACGGUUACACUCCAGCUCUGGCCUGCGCUCCCAGCCGUGAUGUGGCCGACUGCCUGGCGCUCAUCCUCAACUCCAUGAUGCCCACCUCCCCUAUGGUCACCAUAGCAGCUUUGCCUGCGCUUUCUCUCACUCAGACAGUCAUCAACCACCACCCCACCUCCAACCACAUUUCCAAAGGCGUGGCCUUUGACACCCCACCCCCUCUGAGGCCUGACCAUGCCUCCUACUGCAGACCAGAGUGCCCGCUGUCCUCUGUCACUGCGGACGAUGAACUGAAUGACUCAGAUUCAGAGACGUACUAAGGACAUACCUGCUAUUGGACAGAGCCCCACAAUAUUGGCAGGUUAGCCAGCCACUCAGGAGCCUUAAAAGAUCACUGACAAGGGACAAAAAGAGGGAGAAAAUAGAGCCAGUGUUCAGGUUAUUUUUAGGUAAGCCUCUUCAAAAGUGACCCUUGUUGGAAACCAGAUGUUUGUUUCCCUAAGGAGUAUACCCAUAAAGUGGAAAAUAAUGUACUAAAAUAUAGAAUAAAGUGAAUACACACUAAAUUUCUUUCAGACAGUAUCACUGUAUGGUCAGUAACAUGGCCAGUGUUUUUUUAAAAUUUAAAGCAAUGUUGUUUUUCUUUUUAAAUUAAGCUCCUACUCUUUGCGGAUACUUUCUGGAGUGGUUUUAAGCCUUUUCACAGUUUUUCCUUCAACUAUCACUAGAAGAGCAUCUACUGGAGAAAAGCUCAGAGGACUUUAAUUGCACGAUUGUCUAAAGAAAAAACAGAGGGGCAAUCUUAUGGGACCAGGAGAUUGAUUACUGUUUUUCCCCUCACUCACGCACAUUGGUAAUGCGUCAUUGUUUUUGAACCACUUUUCAAUUCGUGACUUGGAGAGGAAGUCAUUAUUGAAUCCUAUGAAUUUAUUCCAAGUGGACACUGAAUCUUUUGGAGCUGAUUGUGGCAGCAGGUUGAUGUGAGACCCAUUUACUGUAUGAUUGGUCCAGGAGUCAGUUGAUUGAUGACCCGAAUGAGCAGCCCAAGGAACUUUUAACUUGCAAUGCUGUAACUACUCAAUGUCUGUGUACUGUACUGGAGACAGGGGAAAGUGGCUGACACUGUGUAUAUGUGUGUGAGCGCGAUAGUGUGUGUGUGUGUGUGAGAGAAAUUAAUAAGUAUUGCCUUUUUGAGAACAAGUUACUUUCAGGCAGAUUAUGAAUGCUACUUGGUGCAAUGUUUGUAAAGAUUAAUGAAUGAAUAAAGAUAUUUGUUUUGA